GAACCAAUAAAAAUUGAUUGGAAAAUUGGAAAUUUUCCAAUUAUCAAUAUUAUAAAGUUAUCACAUCUAUUGGAAAUAAGCCAUCUUACAAUACCGCUAUUUCUUAUUUUGAAGAUUUUGGAUUAUCCAAUGCUACGAUCUAUGGCAAUCGGCGAAAAUAGAUCUACCAUGUUUGAAGUUGCUAUAACCCUUGAUAUAAGACAAAUGCCAUCGUUAUGA